CAAAUUCCGGGGCUUCUUUAUGCUGGAGAGAAGGAAAUGGAGGUGGGAUUUCUUGUCCUGACCGCAUCGGUUCCGCACGAAGAAGUUUUGUAGGAAUUGGGCUCCAUGAAUUCCUCAUGUAAAAUGCUCUUCCGUUGGGACUCGGGACAGGGCGAGUCUGACAGUCGCGAAAGAAGCCACCUCCGGCCGCAAAUUUCGCGAAUACUCGCCCCGCACGGUCUGUGUGAGGUAAUGCACGCCGCUCUGCGAGAUGUGAUGUGGAGCCGAGAAAAGACAGAUAAAGACAGGAUGUCCUGGAGGCGCGCGCGUGCGGAAUGCUGGAGGUGGGGCCGCCGGGGUCCGAGGGUCGGCGGGCCCGAGCUUUUGAAAGGAGCUCGCGGUUCACCGCAUGACGAUUCCGAGCAAGAUUUCAACUCCCACAGUGAUUUGCAGACCGAGCUAGCAGACCUCUGCUCGAAGGUCGAGAUCUUUUGGACAUUCCAGAGGAUCGGGGACCGAAAGCACAUCCUCAUUCCACUUGUUGGAUGGGUCUGUGGAAUUUGCGGACUGUGGGCGUGAUUCUGACCGGAGUUCGGUCACCUGGCACACUGCCAUUAUGAGCUCCAUGGGCGGAUUCGAUUGUCGAGGAUAAUCACCAGGUGCAGCCAAUUUGCAAACAACCCCAUCUUGCCCUGUGAAAGUGAGGGCGGACAUCACCAGAAAGCAUUCACGUAGCGUGGCCAUAAAUUCCGAUUCUUCAAAAGUAGGGGGCGAUAGCGA